AUGGCGCUGCUGGUCUCAUUUCCUGGAGGGAUUCGAGCAUUGGUUUGGGUCCUGCUUCUGCUGCUGCCAGCAGCAUGCCUGCAAGCUGGGCACUCAGCAGGAUCCAACAGAAAAAGACUGUAUGGGGUGAACCCACCAGCACGCCUCUCUGAUGUCCAGGGCGGCUCCAUCGAGAUCCCCUUCUCCUUCUACUUCCCCUGGGAGUUGGCAAAGGAUCCACAGAUGAGGAUUCUCUGGAGAUGGAAGAACUUCAUUGGGGAGCCUAUCUACAACGCCUCCUCGGGUUUCAUACACGCCCAUUUUAAGGACAGGCUCAUCCUGAACUGGACACAGCCUCAGACAUCUGGAGUCCUCAGAAUCCUAGACCUUCAGGAAAAGAACCAGAACAAAUACUUCUGUCAAGUUUAUCUGAACACAGGAGAAGGCAGGAAGAUUUUGAAGUCAGCCGAUGGGACCCAACUGAUCAUCACUCACGCAGUCAGCACCACCAUGCAGAGCCCCUCCAUCGUCACCUCUGCAGUCACCACGGCUGGCCUGGAGGACACAGAGGGCCAGAGGAAUCCUUCACUUGUGAACCUAGGAACCAUUAUUGGGGUGGUGGUGGCCACGGCUGUGCUCAUAACCCCCGUCUAUGUGAUGAUGAUCUUCCUCUGGUGGAAGCAAAGGUGA